GUUGGGAACUACCUCCUCCCAAGGACAACAAACCGCUACUCAUAUUAUUGAUGACUAGACUAGAAUAUGCUAGGGUGAUUGAAGUUGUGGUUGGACUAGGUGUUAUACUAGUUGGGGAUAUUUAUCAAUAUGAAUCAGUAUCCGCCAUCCAGUACCUUGGACCUUUUGGGGAUCAAAGCUUGUCUGGCAUAACUCAUGUCAUAGUUGAUGAAGUUCAUGAGAGGUCUUUGUUGCUGUCCGCCCCGGCCAAGUUUUCUGGAGAACUCAGGGGUGAUUUUCUUCUAAUUGUCCUAAAGAAUCUAAUUGAGAAGCAGUCCAGGAAAGGCACUAGAAAACUGAAGAUCAUUCUAAUGAGUCAUCCAGUGACAACAUACUUUCUUGAGGAUAUUUAUGAUCAAAUUGAGUAUCGACUUACCUCAGAUUCUCCGGCAUCUUUAACACAUGGGACAUUUCCCAAAGGACAGAAAAGAUUGAAUGAAGAUGUCAUUGAUUAUGAUCUUGUUGAAGAUUUAAUAUGUUUCAUUGAUGAAACUGGUGGUGAGGGGGCCAUCCUUGUAUUCCUACCUGGAAUUUAUGAAAUAAACUAUUUACAUGAUAAGUUGGUCGCAUCUAGCCAAUUUGGUGGGCCAUCUUCUGAAUGGAUUAUUCCUCUGCAUUCAACAGUUGCAUCAAGCGAACAAAAAAGGGUGUUUUUACGCCCUCCAGGAAAUAUGCGGAAGGAGCAUGAAAAGCAAGACAUGACACCGAAGGACUUGGAUUCAGAUAGUACAAACCACGUGAUUCAUGUCCUUCUCCAAUCAGACGACCUGUACCAUGUUCCUGAAUAA